CGAUCAUCAGUUUGAACCCCACGUCGCUGUGGUCUCUUCGUAAUAGCCAACUCCGACAAUAUCUUUCACGAUGCGUUUCUCCAUUUCGGUUAUUGCCUUGCUCUGCCUCGUUGGCUGUGUUCGUUCAAAUUCCUUGGCCAAUUUGAAACGUGAUACAGGUGCUGAACUACCCACCAUUUCUAUCGUUGGUGGAACGGCAGCUGCUGCCGCGGAAUUUCCUUACAUGGCUGUUUUGCGCUUAAGUACCUAUUUGUGCGGUGGCACCUUAAUUGGAUCUAAGUACAUUUUGACUGCUGCCCACUGCCUCUCCGGUUUUGCUGCCACAGCUGUUUCCGGAUUCAAAGUUUACGUUAACACCUUGUCGGUGAAUGGCGGCGGAACUGGCUCUGUUACGAGCGGAGUCACGAAAUUCAUCAUCCAUGAAAAAUAUAACCCUAACACUAACGAUAACGAUGUGGCUAUGCUGAUUUUGAACACCACCAUUACAACCAUCCCUUUUAUUUCACUUCCCACCGACUCAGCCGCAACGAAUGUAACGACUACAACGAAACCCACGACUACGAUGCCCACAACAACGAAGCCCACAACAACGAAAACCACGACUACAACGAAACCCACGACUACAACGAAACCCACGACUACAACGAAACCCACGACUACAACGAAACCCACCACAACAACAAAGCCCACCACAACAACAAAGCCCACCACAACAACAAAGCCCACCACAACAACAAAGCCCACCACAACAACGAAACCUACCACAACAACGAAACCUACCACAACAACGAAACCCGCUUCAACAACGAAACCCGCUACAACAACGAGACCCACCACAACAACCAAAGCGCCACAAGGACGAGCUUUUAGUACUUAUGAGAAUGCGACGGCCGUCAUCGUUGGAUGGGGGACAACAUCUUCUGGUGGCAGCAUUUCGACUGUGUUGCUGAAAGCCAACGUCACCGUUUUGGUCAACUCCAUUUGUUCCAGUCAAUAUGGUACUGGAUUUAUUGGGGCUGACAUGUUGUGUGCCGCCGCCCCGGGCAAAGACACCUGCCAGGGUGACAGUGGUGGUCCAAUUAUCGUCAACGGAGUUCAAAUAGGCAUCACCUCCUUUGGCAACGGCUGCGCUCUUCCUAAUUACGCCGGAGUGUACACCAGAGUUUCUACCUACGUUGAUUGGAUAGCGAAUACGCGAGCCAACAAUCCGUAAGAAAAUCGAAAUGCCGUUCACAGUUAUUCAUUGGAUAACGUGCGGAUUAAUAAAACCGAAUUUUCCAUGUUAAAUUGGUUGUAACAAAGUCCUCUGUUUGGCUUGAGCUGUUGCAUCUCAAUGUGCGUUAUUUCGGGUUUUUC